AUGGGGAUGGUGGUGUUCCUUUAUGGGAAAGUUGUUCCUAACUCUCGCAUUAUCUUUGUGUCUCUUUCAGAAGGCCUUGCUGUUGGAGUCGGAUUUGGGGCAGUAGAAAAGACAGCAUCUGCCACCUUUGAGAGUGCCAGGAAUUUGGCCAUUGGAAUUGGGAUCCAGAAUUUCCCAGAGGGCCUGGCUGUCAGCCUACCCCUACGUGGGGCAGGCUUCUCCACCUGGCGAGCCUUCUGGUACGGGCAGCUGAGCGGCAUGGUAGAGCCCCUGGCUGGGCUCUUCGGUGCUUUUGCUGUGGUACUGGCUGAGCCCAUCCUGCCCUAUGCCCUGGCCUUUGCUGCUGGCGCCAUGGUCUACGUGGUCAUGGAUGACAUCAUCCCAGAAGCCCAGAUCAGCGGUAAUGGAAAGCUGGCAUCCUGGGCCUCCAUCCUGGGAUUCGUGGUGAUGAUGUCACUGGACGUGGGCCUGGGCUAGCCCUAAGUUGCUUCAGACCCCAGGACAGAAAGCACCAGGCUUCAACAGGACCACGAGGCUCUCUCUUCACAUUAAAACCUUGUUCUUUCCCUUCUUUCAUCUCCUUAUCAAGAUCAGCUCUGAUUACCCUGUGACCAUUUUUUCCUUUGCUUUGAGAGAGAUACUGGUUUUCUUUGGAAUCUCAAGUUGUCAUGGAACUACAGAUUUUUGUUUUGAUCACCGAAUGAAAUCUUUCCUUGGUAGGAUGGCUGAGAGCGUACAGAUUAAGGAAACACCUUCUUUCUUACCUUCCAUCUCCCUCACUAGACUUAGCAGUGACUCCUCAAGGUCACCCCAGAAGCCAGCUCCCAGGAGACACACCCGGAGCAUUUUGGCCUAGAAUCUUGGAGCAGGUGGCCAGUACAUCUCCUGCUCCCAUCUCUAGAUGGGACCAGAGCAUCAUAAGCGUGCAACCUGCUUUCCAAGACUGAGCCAGCCCAAAGAGAAGUACACCUUCCUCUGCCUCCCCCACAGAGGGGACACACACAGGGAGAAAGAGGUCAGCUAGUCCAUUGUUUUUUUUUUUUUUAAGGCCAAGAUUGACACUAUUGAAGUUAGGGGAAUUCGGGAAUUAGGACACAGUGAGCCCUGUGAAAUAGGGACAGAGUGUGCUUUAACCAGCAACCUCUGCUACCCAUGGAUCCCAAGAGCAGAGUGGUUCAUUAUGGUUCCCAAAUACCCCAGGCAGUAAUCUUGAUGAGAUUAUUUUGUUUUUCUGAGAGACUUGGGGAUACCAGCAAAUUGCUACAGCUCACACCCUUCAUUUACUACUGGUGGGAUGCACUAAGUUAGCUCAAGUGAGUGACAGACAUUUGGGAUCCAUAGCAGGUUCUUCCCUGCUAACUAAUAACUUAGAACCUGACCAGGAACCUGGAGUUGCAGCAGACCUUGUUGGAGUCUGGCCACUGGGCUGUAGGAUGGGAAAGGGGAAAGGACAGAAAGAGAAGAGAGAUUUUUACAUUUCCUUUUUAAAGUAUAGUUUAGCCAAACUAACAUUCUAAAAUGACCAUCACGAAUGACUCCACCUAGGUUAGAAACCAACCUACUUUAUCAUUCACAGAGCUUCUCAACUAGGGGGUGGUAGGUCAUGUCUGCUUCCAACAAAGCUGAGGCCUGUGUCCUUGGUUAGAGGAGUGUAUGGGACUUGGGGUGGGCUCUGCCAAGAAGGCAGGAAGCCUGCCCCAGAGCCAGACAUUCUGGCAUUGUGGCACCAAUGCCUGAGCUCUUGAGUUUACAUGUACGAUUGCUUCCAAGGCUGAAUCUUCUGCUCUGCAAUUGCUGUUAAGACUCCAGUGGCCACCUGGGCUGUGUCUGUGUCUGUUCUUCCUAAGCACUGAUGAUCAAAACUGAAGACAUUCAAAGGAUGUUUGAUUGGUUGAGAUGAGCUGGUCCAGUGGUUGGUGGAUGUGUGUGUUUUGUUUUUAUGUCUCUGUACUUAGUUCUUCAUGAUGCAAAUUGUUCUUUCUGCUGGAUAAGACCUCGUAACUGUGAUUAAUAUCAAUAAAGGGAGUACUGUCAUGGAAGAUCUGUGUUACGUGAGUCCUUCUCAAAGCUCCUGCUUUCCAGGGAUGGCAGUAUGCAGGGAAUCUAACAUGUCACAUCUCCCCUACCCAACUCCCAACACGAAAGAAGCAAAGGAGAAACUGUGCUGC